GCGGAGGGUCACAAGGCCAGCUUUUGCCUGGAGGACACGUCCUGCGACUACGGAUACGCGAAGCGAUACACGUGUGCCGCUCACCAGCAGGGAUUAAGUCCUGGCUGUUACGACACUUACAACGCCGACAUUGACUGCCAGUGGAUCGACAUCACUGACGUGGAACCUGGGCAGUACAUUCUCAAGGUUCAGGUGAACCCGAAUUAUAUCGUGCCCGAGAUGGACUACUCGAACAACAUUGUGCGGUGUGACGUGCGCUACACAGGAAACUAUGCGUCUGCCUCCAACUGCCGCAUCUCACCGUACUAACGUUCAGAUGAAUGGGACCUCCAAAGUAAAUAACCACUCGCCAUCCAAGUAACGGAGAUGAGCUUUGACUAAUCAGCACCAGCAAUGUUGUACUUGACUCGGCAUAAAGACCACGCGUGUGAUUGCAGGAAGCCGACAUGCGUGUAACAUAUUGUCAGUGAGCAGGUUUGCGUCUAUUGGUGAAUGUUACUCAAAGGGAAAAUAAGUGAAGAUUCAAAGAUAUAAUUGCACAAUUGCAGGUGUGUUGAGUGAUACGAAAUCGUCUGACCCACAUUCCAUAGAAGUGGUGUACCACUGCAAUGGCAUAUGGGCCACACGCAUAUCUUGUAUAACACUUGGCGUUUGUGAUGACAGAUUAACUCACAGGUCUAUCGUUUAAGAGGUCAUUGUAAAAUUGGCUUGGUGUUAAUGGACACAGAAUAUGUUGGCUUUGAUUUACUCCGUGCAAUGGCUUGCUUCAUAGAACUACUAGUUGAAGGAUUUUACACGAUUUUGUUCUCUUUUAAAUAACGAUUACUGCAUAGAAACUCUGUUGGAGUGGCAGCCGAGGAAUUGGACGCGUCCGAUAGGGUUACGUCCACCGAAGUUAAUCAGUUCAAGGUGCAGGAGCCGGGAGGAUGAUUUUUCCAUCGCAGCAUCGCGAGAGACGGCGCAGGGCUUGGGGAGGCCUUCAUCCAGCUGUGGAUUGACCAUGGCUGAUAAUGACUGUAUUAAGAACACGCUCAAGCCCCCCCGACGCUCCUUUUAAACACCUCGGCUCUGCUGAUCUCAAUUGGUUUUCUCCGUAGGGGAUGGACAUUUCCACAUUCCCAUGUCAGGGAACUCAUCAAUCCAUUUGGAUAAAUGGUUUUGACCUUCCUAAACCCAGGUGUGGUGCAGCCUCACCAAGUGGUACUCAUUUUAUCGAUCCAACCCUAACGAGAUGAUGGCCUGAUUGGAACCCUAGACUGUUGAGCACAAAAAUGCAUGAGAUGAGCCGUCCAAAGUAAGUCAUGUGUCUCCAUUGGCGAUGGAAAUUCUGGAAAUUCUACCUUCCUAUGCCAGGGGCCAGUAUAUCAUAGGAAAAAAACCCACUGUUGGCUUCCCAUAAAGCAACACAAUUUUUUUCAUUGAGUACAAAAUGAACAAGUAAAAAAUACAAUGCAAACCGUACACUCGCAAAGUGCGCAAACCGUACACAUAUAAACCACCAACAGAGGCGGACAAUGCAUCGUACAAUUCUGUCCAACUCUCAUACAAGUGAUAGCAUUAGUAAAGGUGUAACGAUGCAUUGAUUAAUAGAUUAAAAUCGAUUCUCAUCAUUGAGAUACGUUCGUCGAAUUGUGUUUGUGUAAGUAAACUUUUUUUUAAAAUUCAUGUCUCAUGUACUCGGGUGCGGCUUUUCGUAGGAUCAUUCACUUUUUGAAAUCUGCAAGUCUUCCCGGGACAUUAAAAGUCCCAGUUUUUGUGUCAGUUGUGCAAUACUUCACCACUCAAGGCAAUGCAUUUACAUGCACCGCUCCCUUCUUUCGGCGCUCUGAGAUAUUCCUUCUUCCAAUCAGAUUGUCCCAGUUUCUAUUGUACGUCGGAGGAGACAAUCCUACCUUAAAGCCAAUUGGUUCAUGUGACCACUGCAGCCACACGUCGCAACUACGUUCACCACAGUGUUGCAAUAAUCUCAUUCUCGGAUCUAAUUGAAUUGUGACAAUUCAUCAUCUCUGUGGGUGUUGAGAUGAUUCGUUAUGCCUCGAUUCGUGAAUCACGAUUUUGCUAUCCAUUCACUAAUAACUGUCACCUGAAUACACUUCUGACCUUAUAUUGCUCUUCUUUAUCCAUCUAUCAUAUUUCCAUACUCUUUGAUUAUUUCGGUAAAGCCACGUAGGUAGAAUUUUUUUUUAUAUUUCUCUUCUUAAUGCAUCCCUCUCCUAUCUCUUAUAGAUUGUGUUUUUUUUUAUAUUUCACUCAUCACCUUUGAAGAAACGAGUUCUUUUGUUUGACAAUUAAUCAAGCGGCGACUGCCCGAAGGAUGGGUUUGAGGUUAAUGCUCGGGACUGGCUUGCGAGGGUGCAGCGCGCGACAGGUUCGAUCCGGGCUGACGGGGGGGGGGGGGGGGGCGCGAAGGCGAGCAGCGCGCUCUGCUUCUCACGUGGUGCUCAUUUUGACGACCGUCGAGGAGAGGCGAGGCGGUGGUUGACGAGCAUGCCGCCAGCCCCUUGCUCGGCCACCUCACGGCCUCCUUGUUUGACCUUCCUCACUUUGCUGCUGCUGCUGCUGCUGCUUUAGCAACGUGCACACGAUAAUUGGUUUUGUUACCCUUCUAUCUGGCAAACAAAACUGACACCUUUUUACAAGGAGUCAUGUUUGCAUAGACCGCAAUACCUGCAGUCAUAAUACAAACAAAAGAACAUAACUCUGAUAAUGUGCGCUGUCCUUGAAGUUGAUUGGUCCACACCCGAGACAGCUUUCCUUAGAGCCUAGUCUCACAUGGGUUGGACCAGAUGACGCCAGAUAGAAGGGUAAAAAAAAAACAAUAAUCAUAUUUUUACUGGCAAAUGAGGUUCUCAUAACGUGCACAUGGACAAAUAUUACCCCCUUGCCCCCCCCCACAACCAUCCAAAAAAAACUCACUCACAUUCGUUCAAAUACUUUGGCCUAAAAUAAAAUAUAUAUAUAUAAAGUAGGAACGGUGCCCUUCUUCAUCGACUCUUUCCUCGAACAUUUCAAAGCUAUCCUUGCGUGCAAAUGAACGCGACUUCGUUUCACGUAACGUGACCGCAACGUGACAUUACGUGCGCUAUGAGGAAGGGCAAUUGCUAGAAACGUUUCCUUGUUAUAAUAUUUUUGUUUCAUUUUCAAGGCCGCACAGCGUUAUUGACGAACGAUUUUAAUUGUUUUCUCUCUCUCCCUCCUGCCCUAACUUUGAGUCGAGCGCUCCACAAUGAAACCGUGUUCCAUUAAAUCAGCGGCACUGUUUUUGCCAUCACUGAUAAACGGCAAUAGUUUGCUAAUGCGUUGUCAGGUAUUGUUUAUAUUGCACUGUUUAUAUUGUUAUUAAUGCAACUGUUCUAUAUAUAUAACAUGUGUCGUAUAGUUGGCCGUGACAAUGAAGUGUUGUGUCGAGGAUAAAAGCAUUGCGACAUUCUUUUGCCCAGUUUAUCAUAUCGAAUGAGUUUAUGAAGUAAACAAGAUUGGCUUUGAAAAGUACCUUUCAGACAUUCUCAAACUAUGACUGUUUCCCCGGACAUUUCAAAGCUAAACUUGUACGCAACCUCAUUGAAGUAAUGUUACUGCUGUUUAAAAAACAGAAAAUCGUGGUGAUGUUGGUGAAGCAGACAUGUUUAAUGAUAUGCCGCUCUGAAUAGACUGCCACUCCUGCAGAUAAUGAAAUUCCACCGUUCAAUUUGUAAGCCGACUACCGCUGAGACCACCCUGGGUUAAAAUUCACGGCGCCUGCCCGUGAUUAAAAGUGGCUUCUCAAUUGUAAUGAGUUGAAUGUCUCAGCCCGGUCACCAAUGACUGCACCAAGAAACAAACAACUGGUUAUGUAAAACUUUAGUUUUGCACUCAAUUUGACCAAAACUCCCAGCAAUGAGAAUUCAAUUAUCGUUAUGACUGAAUCGUGGCGAACAUCGCUCUGAUGAUGUAGAGCGAGUGGGGAAAGUGUUGCCCUCUACUGCGUGGACCACGUGUCACUUGACGGGACCUGAGAGGCAGCUCUGUAAUAUCCACUUCCGUGGGCUAUUCCCUGACACAGAGAGGGGUUGCACUGCUGUGCGAGAGAUCCGAAGGGAAACUUAAUCUCGUGGCGUGACGCCGAUAGCGCAAUCGGGGAAAACAUAAAAAAAAAACAUCUUUUAAAGAACUUACGAAAUUUACUUCUUUAAGUAUUGUUGUUCAACCAUUUUGUUACUUUAUAUCGUGAAUGCAUUAUAUCGUUGUUCUUAAUGACGUUUACAGAAGUAUAUUCGCAAUAACAAAUUUUUAUAUAUUUUGAAAUCACGCUUCACAUGUUACUCAGUGGCUCAGGGCGUUAGAUCAUAAACUAGUGAGCCAAAACAUUCAAGAUCACGGAAUUGAAUUCCGGUUCAUAUCCUCAACUUAGUAGAUUAGAAAACAAACAACAAAUCUGAUAUUUAUCUUGGAAAACCUUCACGGAUUUUUCGAUUUAAAGCUUUCGUGACUGCAGGGAUUCAUCUUCUUGGUUCUUUCGGUAAAGUCACGUGACUUUACCGAAAGAACCAAGAAGAACCUUCACUGAAUUUCAAGAAUUUUUUUCAGGAGGAACCUGCCUUGGGGAUUGUUUUGUUGUUGGCCAAUUUUUAUUUCAUGGGCCAAAAUGUGAUGAGUGAACACGAUUCAGUCCAUCUCAGAGGCCAGACUUGUCGUGACAACGUCGUCUUGAGCAACACGUGCCCUUUUGUUCAAACGAGCGUGGUGGGGUGCGGGACCACAUUUCUGUUGGUGAUCUUACAAUAUCAGUGGAAAACACCACGCUACCACGGUGUCUCCCACGUCUCGCUUCAAACGAAUUGUUACGCGUUUUUAUUUGAACCUGGGAGGGAUGAUGUGGCUGAAUUGACCUUCGACCUGGAUUCAAACUUGUAACUGAACAGUGCCACGUGAUCGAUAGCUUACUCAUAAGUAGAGCUGAGCGUGAAUGAGUCGAUUAAGUUAAUUAAUCCAAUGCAGCAUUGGCAUCAACUAUCUGAAGUUGUAUACUGCGGGGGCUCCUUUAAUACUGAAACCACACCAACAUCCUGCCGAACGAAGGCAAGGAAACCCCCCUGCAAUGCGGCUGAAGUUGCCGAUGACAUCAAAGUCCUCCAAACAAUAUCCUGUGAAGCGGCGCACGUGGCAAGAGUGGUGAAGGCCUUUUAUUUUCCUCCAAAAUAUGUUUGUAUUAUUUGAUGAGUCAAAUAAUGGAAUCGAUCAAAAGCAAAGUAAUCAAUUGCUUAAAUAAGCAGAUAGCCCAGCUCUAAUCGCCCACAAUGAAAAUGUUUAAUUUGUAACAGUCACAUUUUAUAUUAACUUAAAAAAAUUAGAUGAUUUUUAUCCCUGCCAAAUGCUAAUCAUAUGAGACAAUUGAAAGGAACGGGAUCCUUUAAUAGUUUUAUGAAGCGAGCUCGCUUCAUCCAGCAGGUCGGUUUUCGAGAUAAUAACCGUGUCAUUAUAGAGCAAGGCCUGCCACACGCUUAAUGAGACAGACGAAGCAUUGCACAAAACAAGAUAGUGUGUCAUUUACAUUGCCACAAAUCAUGGCUGAUGUUGAGUUCUUCAGCACAUGGAUUAUAAGGCAUACUUUACUAAAAGGAAACGUUGUAUGUUAACUAGCAACAAAUGUUAUAUUGUAUUAAUUGUACUUGACAGCAUAACAUGUAAAUAUGUUAUUACCAAUGGUGCUUUGAAGGUUUGAAUUUUCGCCGGUGCUUUAUCUGCUUGAUGCAAAAUACAUAUCUUGUUUAUUCCUGUAUAUCCACGUGGGCGACGAGUAAACGAGUGCUAAACAAUAAAGGAAUAUUUUGCCGAAUUCAAAAUACAAUUGUGGAUUUUAUGAGCAAUUGGAAACGUUUCAG